CGGAGGGAGCUGUUUUCUGCAGCUUCCAAAACUCUCCUCUUUCUUCCUUCUCCAAACUCCGGCCAUUCGUCUCCCUGACGUGGUGGUCUGACUCACUGAGUUAACCGGAACGAGUCUAGUCAAGUGGAGUUCAACGCACAGACAUGUAUAGGAAGAAAGCUACGCUUCUUACUACUUUCAACUCUCUCGCAACUCUCCCAAAGGUACGCAGAUAUCCCAACUCUCAGAGCUGCAUAAAGACCCUUGCUUUAUUGUGUAAUUUCAGUACUGCCACUGAAAGAUCAGAUUUUAGAUCAGAUUUUGAUACCUCCACUGAGAUUAAUAGCGAUUAUUAUGCUGAUUAUAAGCAAAACAAUAAUGGGUUUUAUAGAAAUAAUAGUGGGAAGGUGGGAAAUUGGAACGUUGGAGGAAAGUAUGGGCAAUUUGAGGAAAAUCCACAUGGGUUUUAUGUUAGAAACGGAAAUCAAACUGGGGUGGUUUAUCAGCAAAACCCUAGUAGGGUUUAUCCCAUAAACCCUAGGCAGCAAAACCCAGUUGGCAAAAGUGGGGUUUUUGCAAGUAAUAGUGAUAGCAAUAUGUCUUUUGAUGGCUUUAAGAAGGGGUUUCAGCCGAACCAGGAAGAGCGAAAUGGGGAUUUCAUGCCUAUAAAUGAGUUUCAGCACGGUUCAGGUGGGCAAAAUGUGAAUUUUGGGAGGGAAAGCUAUGAAAGUAUGCAACAGAAUUCAGGUGCAAUUUAUCAGAGACGAGAGGGGGGAAAUGGGAAUUUUACAAAUGGGCAUUUCAGAGAGGGCCAUAGAACUCAGCUUCAGCAGAGCUCGGUUGGUAGAAGUGGGAAUUUGAGUAAUGGGGGUUCAGUUGGGGCUGAACGGAAUCUAAAUUGGAAUCACAGAACCAAUCCAGCAUUACAGACGGGUGGUUUCUCUGAUGGUUAUGGUGGAGCGUCACAGCAUAAUGGAAUGAGCCAUAAUGUGGGGAAGGUUGGAACUUUGCAGCAAAAUUCUCAGAAUAUUCAUGCUGGAAGACCUGGAAAUAUUGAACAAAUGCAGGGCGGCUAUGGUAAUGCACGAAUGCGUCAGCAAAUUAUAAGUGAAGAUUUGAAAGCGGGUGAUGAGUCAAGUGGAAAUUAUGGAGAUAUGAAUAUGACAGGCAGGAUUGAGGAGCUUGAUCAUUACGUUGAAGAGGGUAAACUGGAGGAAGCAGUGAAAGUUUUGGGGUUGUUAGGGGAGCAGGGUAUCAAAGUUGAUUUGCCUCGUUAUUUAGCCUUGAUGACUGCAUGUGGCAAGGAUAAAGCUCUUGAAGAGGCAAAGUGCAUUCAUCAACAUCUUAUGAGAUCGAUACCUAAUCUUGAAGUUAGUACUUACAAUAAGAUUCUUGAGAUGUACUGUCAAUGCAGAGCGAUGGAGGAUGCUUAUAGUAUAUUUGAGAAGAUGCCACAACAUAACUUGACUUCUUGGGACAUUAUGAUUGCUGGGCUUGCUAAGAAUGGUCAUGGAGAAAAUGCCAUUGAAUUGUUCACGGAAUUCAAAGAGUUGGGACUGAAACCUGAUGGUCAAAUGUACCUUGGUGUUUUUAGUGCAUGUGCUGACUUACUUGACACCACUGAGGGCAUGUUGCAUUUUGAAGCAAUGAGCAAAGAUUAUGGCAUUGUUCCAUCCAUGGAACACUACGUGAGUGUGGUGGACAUGCUUGGAAGUGCAGGAUAUCUGGAUGAAGCUUUAGAGUUCAUUGAAAAGAUGCCAGUGCAGCCAAGUGUGGAAGUCUGGGAAACUCUGAUGCAUCUUUCUAGAGUUCAGGGUAACAUGGAGCUUGGGGACCAUUGUGCUGAGCUUGUAGAGCUUCUGGAUCCAUCUCGACUGAAUGAACAAUCAAGGGCAGGUCUCAUACCAUUCAAAGCUUCAGACCUUUCUAAAGGGAAGGAAAAGAGGAAAGCUGAUGGUCAUAAUCCUCUUGAGGUUAGGAGCCGGGUCCAUGAAUUCAGGGCAGGAGAUAGAUCUGAUCCUGAUCAUGAAAAAUUAUAUGCACUGCUUCGGGGACUGAAGCAUCAAAUGAAAGAGGCUGGUUAUAUUCCAGAAACUAAAGUUGUGCUCCAUGACAUUGACCAAGAAUCGAAGGAGGAAGCUGUGCUCGGACAUAGUGAGAGACUUGCUGUUGCCAAGGGUCUCUUAAAUACCCCUGCUAGGUCUGCAAUGCGGAUAAUUAAAAAUCUUCGUAUCUGUCUUGAUUGUCAUAAUGCUAUGAAGAUUAUCUCAAAGCUGGUUGGUAGGGAACUUAUUAUGCGAGAUGCCAAGAGAUUUCACCAUUUUAAAGAUGGGGUAUGUUCUUGUCGGGAUUAUUGGUGAAGACCACUUUGAGUUCCGGUGUGAAGAAUCCAACCUGACUUGUCUAGAAUCUUGGAUGAACUUGGAACAGCUCUAGAUAGAUAAGAUACUUCUUAUUUUACAUUGCGGAAUACUUAUUUAUGUGGGAUAUGUAGAUCAUUUUAUUGAUGUAAAGAAGCAGAUUAUACAUUUUGAAAGGCAUAGUCCUUGAAUUAACUUGAGCAGUGAAUAUCUUAUCUGGAAUCCUUUUGUUCAUUGCAUACAGUAGCAAUAUAACAUGUUGUGCAAGUUUUGUGUUCUGAAUAGUGGCUUUGGAUGGAUACUUAGAGAGUGACCGUUGAUUUGUUUCUGUUGGUAAAUGUUGAAGAAAUAUUCACCUAGGGGCAGAUAACUAACUAAAAUGGAAGGAUUUGGAAGUUUCUCAUAUUGGAUUUAUUUCUUUCUUCAACCAGAAAAUCAAUGUGUACGAGUGGAAACUUGUUAGUGCAUUCAAGGGUGUACCCCUGCAACAUUUAUGAUAUAAUAAUAGAAGAGCGUGUCAUUAUAAUUUACAGUAAGUAUUUAUAAAGUGUACCUUGACCAAAAUCUAAUUAAAUUGUUGCAGUAGCCUGUAGGAGCUCUGGAUCUUCUUGCAACUUCCAAUAUCUAACUACUCUUAAUAGCAAUAAAUAUAUCAGACAGAUUUUUUCAUCUAAGUUUCUGGGAAGAGAGGUACAAGAGUUUCUUUUGCCAAAUUUAAGUGAAGAUUAAGCCAAUAAAUUUAUCUUCAGAAUCAUCUUUAGUAUGUAUUGUCUCACAACCUAUUGGAUUUCAACCUGCCAAGUUUAACUGCAUUACCAACUUAUUUAGUACUUGAUCCAAAAAUAGGCAGUAAAUCAGUAAGACAAUUAUCAGAAGUAUCAGGAGUCUGGCAGCCCUGCGACAAAGAGGAUUCAUGUUUAUUCAAAAUUUUGCAAAUCACAUUACUUUCUUUAGUAUGGAUUCUUGGUAAAGCACAAGUGCCAGAGUACAUCAAUAAACUUCAGAAGCUUUGUUUAGACCAGAAAAUAGAGGACAAUGAAACAUCAUGAAGCUAUAGUCCUCAUCCUAUCCACAACAUUUUGUACUGAACAAUUAGUAUUUGAAUCUGAUGCCUCUGCCCCAGCUCAUGUAUUUGGAUAUCAGAAGGAAAUCAAUAGAGUUGAACAAAUUAUUCAUUCAUGGUGGUGUGGCUUGGGUGAAGCAAAUGAAGGGAAGCUUGUGAGAUGUCUAAGGGAGGGGCCAGCUCCAUGAAUGGACUACUUGUUGGUUUAUGCCUAAACUAGCUUUUGUUUGGGAUAUUGAAGAUAUUAGUCGUUAAGAACUUCUUGGUGUUAUGUUUCUUUUAAGCUAAUAUAAUAACUAUAUUACCUGUUCAUCUCCUUGGUUGCUUACCUUACCUGAUAGAAAUUGUGUCUUACUG